AAAAAAAAAAAAAAAAAAAAAAACCAAGUUCAUCAGAUUCGUUCUCAUUUUCCGAGCAUAAUGGCUCCGUAUCCCGCCGCGGCGACGACUGCCCACGACCGCCGCCGUCUUGACAGGCGCCGCCUCCUGCGUUAUGCAUUUACCUCUCGAGUACUGUUACUAGCUCUAAUAAUUCUCUGGCGAUCUGUUCUCAGUCCAUACGACACCUCUGCUUCAAUAAACCCUCCGUGCCUCUCUUCCGCCGAUUCGGAAAAUCCGGCGCAGGUUCUCCUGCCGAGCGUGGGAUCGGCAAUUGAGAGAAGCAUUGUGUGGGAUGGUGUGUACUUCGUACGCGUUGCGGAGUGCGGAUAUGAAUACGAGCAGACCUACGCUUUCUUGCCGCUGCUUCCUCUUUGCAUUUCAUUUCUCUCGAAAACAGUUUUUGCUCCAUUGGUGCCUCUAAUUGGAUACAGGGCUGUGCUUGGAUUAUCUGGCUAUGUGCUCAAUAACAUUGUGUUUGUUUUUGCUGCAUUAUGCUUAUACCUACUUUCAAUUAGAGUAUUGAAGGACCAAGAGUUAGCAUUCAGAUCGUCGAUUUUGUUUUGCUUUAAUCCAGCUUCGAUAUUCUACACAUCAAUAUAUUCUGAGAGCCUGUAUGCUUUCUUAACAUUUGGAGGGAUGAAUUUUUUCAUUAAUGGCAACGAUCACUGGGCAACAUUUUGUUUUGCGCUCUCUGGUUGUGCUCGGUCUAAUGGGGUGCUUAACGCAGGCUAUUUUUGUUUCCGGACAAUGCAACGAGCAAAGGAAACUUUAUGCUCUAGAAAAUGCUGUAUUAUUCGAAUGUCAAGGAUUCUUCUGGGUGGGGCAAUACGCACUCUAUUUAUCUUUGCACCCUUUAUCUCUUUUCAAACAUAUGGCUACUUCAAUAUCUGUGUGCACCGCUCUGUGGAUGAUAUGAGGCCUUGGUGCAAGGCAAGACUUCCUUUACUCUAUAAUUAUAUUCAAAGCCACUAUUGGGGAGUUGGCUUCUUAAGAUAUUUUCAAGUCAAACAGUUGCCCAAUUUUCUUCUAGCAUCACCAAUAUUGUCUCUAGCACUUUGUUCACUUGCCUGCUAUGUUAAGCGAUGGCCUGAGGUUUUUCUCUCUCUUGGCCUUCGGGCUUCUUCAAAAGAAAAAGAGUUGGCUGGUGAACAACCAAGCACUGCCGUUUUUUCAGAGGAUGUUCCUAAAGUGCAAGAUGACAAGAUUCUCAAACGGAGGAAAGCAAUUAUUGAGAACGAAAAUUUGGUCGAACAGCCUUCACGACAUGAAGCAGCACACAGACUGCAGUUCGAUCCUGUUAUUAUUCUUCCAUUUGUCAUACACUUGGGUGUCAUGGCUGCAACGGCAUUUUUUGUGAUGCAUGUUCAGGUUGCAACUCGAUUCCUAUCUGCUAGCCCUCCGCUUUACUGGUUUGCCUCAGGGGUAAUAUCAUCACCUAGAGUCGGAAAGAGGCUGGGACAUCUCAUAUGGGCAUACUGCAUUGCUUACAUUUUCCUCGGCAGUGUACUUUUUUCAAACUUCUAUCCUUUCACUUGAGAAAUCCCCGAGAAUUAUCCUUGGCCCGUCAGAAAAUGAUAUUUAUUAGCUACGGUUGCAAGAAAUGGUCUCUUGUUCAGGUGCGACGGACAUUAUGCAUUUGUAGAAGAAUAUGGUAGGUACAACAUACAUUGGGCAUUCAUAGAAUAUGUUAUGGUUUCUUUUAUUCGGUGUCAAUAUCAAUAUCGUAAAAAAGAAGACAUGUAUGUUAUUAUGUAUUCACCACCUAUAGAUCACACACUUCAUUCACACCCCUGUGCUUCAAAGUUAGGGUACACAGCAAACUUGAUGGACAAAGGAGCAAUGCUGAUCGGAGAUUUCACAUCACGUAGGACCGGAGCCAAACUGGGGAUAUUUCCCGUUUGAGUCAGUUGCAGCUGCUCCCCGUUUAACAACAUCGUCUUGCUUUGGAGAUCGCCACUCUCCGGCGUCAAGUGGUACUCUUCUCGCCACAAUUUUUCGUCCGAGGCUUUGUUUCCAAUCCAUGAAACCGAUCUCUUAAGGCUGUUGAUAAAGGACCUCGCACGCUGCUUCUUGUUGGUUUUGUCUUUCACUGUCAGUUCUUGGUUGUUGCUUGACAUGAUUUCGACGUUGUAUGUAGUUUCAUUGCUUAAGUUGAUCAGAAGUACAGUUAUGCCCGUCUGUAAUAAGGAAGAAAUAACUAUUAAUCAGCGACGCAAUCGCAAAAUUUUACUAGACUGAAAAA